AUGUUGGUUUCUUGCCUUGGUGACAAAGAAGGAAAUGCAAAAGGUAAGGGGUUUCUUCUACUUGACUCUGAUUUCAAUGUCAAAAGCAGGUGGGAUAAACCAGGACAUAGUCCUUUGUUUGGUUAUGAUUUUUGGUACCAACCUCGGCACAAGACAUUGAUAAGCACUUCUUGGGGAGCACCUAAAGCGUUUUUGAAAGAUUUCAAUCUCCAACAUGUUGCUGAUGGAUUGUAUGGAAGUCAUUUACAUGUUUAUAAAUGGCCAGAAGAUGGAAUGAAACAAAUUACUGAUCUUGGUGAUACUGGUCUCUUACCUCUAGAGGUAACGUUGCAUAACCGAACCAUUCGGAUUGAGAAAAAUCUUAACCAAACGCUGAGCCUCGAUGGGAAACAAUUGUAUGCAACAAACUCGCUGUUUAGCGCAUGGGACCGUCAGUUUUACCCGGAACUCAUCGAUAAAGGGUCACACAUUAUUCAGAUUGAUGUUCAUACAAACAAAGGCUGGAUAUUUCUAGCCCAUGAGAUGAGAUAUCCAGGUGGAGAAUGGAUAUUAUGGCUUGAUUCAAGUGUUUUGAUCCAGUCCGGACUUUUAAGGUUGUUCUAA